GCAGCAGGAUCUGAAGCCAGCUUUGAGAGUGAUUCAUCCACUCCUGCAGGCAGGAUGGGAGAAACAGGUGGUGCCUCAGCUGGUGAGUGACUGGAGAGAGAAGAAGCGUCUUUUGUUCAGCAGCAGAAGCCAGCCUGAGCAGCCACCGCCACUGCUGCUGGCACAGGUUAAUGGGAAGAGGAGGGCUUUCCUUCACCGAAUGAUCCAAUGUGCUACAGCCAAAGUGGAUAAAAAUGUCACAGAAGAGACAGUUAAGAUGUUGUUUUCAAAUAUUGAAGAUAUUCUUGCAGUUCACAAAAACUUCCUGUCUCUGGUGGAGGAAUGCUUACAGCCAGAACCUAAUGCACAACAUGAAGUUGGAACCUGCUUUCUUCAUUACAAAGAGAAAUUCCGUAUCUAUGAUGAAUACUGCAGUAACCAUGAGAAGGCACAGAAAGUUCUGCUUGACCUUAACAAAAUAAGAACAGUGCGAACGUUUCUUUUGAAUUGCAUGCUCCUUGGAGGACGCAAGAACACAGAUGUACCAUUGGAGGGAUAUCUGGUAACGCCGAUACAGAGAAUAUGCAAGUAUCCCCUUCUUUUAAAGGAGCUACUGAAGCGGACUCCGAGGAAGCACAGUGACUAUGCGGCACUAAUGGAAGCCCUCCAGGCCAUGAAAGCUGUCUGUUCCAACAUAAAUGAAGCCAAGAGACAAAUGGAAAAAUUAGAGUUUUUGGAAGAAUGGCAGUCUCAUGUUGAAGGAUGGGAGUGCAUUGUGGGAUUUGAAAUGUAUCACUUAAGGCGAUUGAAGAACAGCAAAGCAUCUACAGAUGGCCACCGUUACCUUUUUCGGGGCAGAAUAAACACAGAAGUGAUGGAAGUAGAGAAUGUAGAUGACGGAACAG